UCUCUCUCUCUCUCUCUCUCUCUCAAUUCUUCUUCUUCUUUCUCUUCUCAUUCAUUCAUUUUCACCGAACCCUUAAAACUCUCUAUUUUCCCCUUUCUAAACACACCCUCCUCAUUCUUAUACACCCAUCACAUUUUUUCCUACUUCUACCUUUUGGGUAUACUCAAUUUCUUCGAUUUUCCUAACUUUCACCAACUGGGUAUCUUUCAAAACUAUUCACUGUCUCUAAUUCGCCUUAAAGUUUCCAUUUUUAUAGUUUUUGUUUUUCACCUGAUAAUCAGAGUUCGGCCGCAAGGUAAGUAAAAUCUACAAAGAAUUGUUUUGACAAACAAUUGUUUCCAUUAGGAAUUGAACUUUGAUUGAUUCUCCUGCACGAUUCGUCUUAGGGAACUCAUUAACCACUGCAUGUGUAUCCAUCCCAUUAGUUUUGUUCAUUAGGACUAUCCUUAUGAGUAGAAUGAGAGUUUGUAUUUGAUACAUAUAUUAUAGGGUUUGUAUUUGCUAUAGUCACUCUAAUUGAAAUAUUAUAGGGUUUGUAUUGAUUAGUAUUCGUGUUGUCAAAUAGCAGCUAUAGCGUAGCGGAAUUGUAACAAACUACUAUUGUUCCACAAUAUACAAUUUAGUAUAUAGUGUUGUCAAAUAGCGGCUAUAGCAGCAUUAUAGUACAACAAAAUUUCUGUGAUUUGCAAUUGGUUCAAUCCAACGUUAGUGGCAUAGGUUAUAUCUGAAAUAGGUUAGUUUUUUGUGUUAUUUGUGUGAACUGUUAUUUUCCUUUGUAACAUUUUGUCAACAUGCUUGAAUUGAAGCAUAGGCAUUGAUGUCAUUAAUCUGCGGGUUUCCUUUACUUGAGUGUGUUUAUUGUUUGGGUUGUACUCGUUGGGUUUGGAAAAAAUGUCUGUAUACCGCAGGCUAUGAGAGUGAAAAUUGGGGUUUGGCUACUGCAGAAGAGUUUGAGCCUAUACCUCGAAUUUGUCGAGUAAUCUUAGCUGUUUACGAAGAUGAUAUUCGUAACCCGCAGUGGGCUCCCCAAGGUGGUUAUGGCAUUAAUCCUGAUUGGAUUGUCUUGCGGAAGGACUACGGGGAUAACCAAGGUUGUGUUACUCCGUAUAUGAUAUACCUCGAUCAUGAUCGUGGUGAGAUUAUACUGGCUGUUAGUGGACUCAAUUUAGCAAAGGAAAGUGAUUAUGCAGUUUUGCUUGAUAACAAACUAGGACAAACAGCAGAUUAUACUGGUGGAUAUGUUCAUAAUGGGUUAUUGAAGGCAGCGGAUUGGGUUUUUGAUGCGGAAUGUGAGGUUCUGAGGAAGCUAAUAGCAGAAAAUCCAACUUAUAUGCUGACAUUUAUUGGACAUUCGCUCGGGGCUGGGGUGGUGGCCUUAUUGACAAUAAUAGCGAUUAGUAGUCGCGACAAAUUAGGGAUACAAAGAAACAAGAUAAAAUGCUAUGCGAUUGCUCCUGCUCGAUGCAUGUCUCUCAAUUUGGCUGUAAGAUAUGCGGAUGUGAUCAAUUCUAUCGUACUACAGGACGAUUUUUUACCUCGAACAACCACUGCGGCGGAAACCCUCUACAAGUCACUUUUAUGUUGGCCUUGUUUAUUGUGUCUCCUGUGCUUAAAAGAUACUUGCACACUGGAGGAGAAGAAGCUUAGAGAUCCAAGGCGUCUGUACGCACCUGGUCGUCUCUAUCACAUUGUGGAGCGAAAGCCCUUCAGGUUUGGAAGAUAUCCACCGGUUGUUAGGACAGCAGUACCUGUUGAUGGGAGGUUUGAUCAUAUAGUUAUUUCUUGCAAUGCAACUUCUGAUCAUGCCAUCCUUUGGAUAGAGAGGGAAUCACGACGCGCUCUCGAUUUAAUGCUAGAGAAAGAUCGGCAUAUGGAGAUUCCAGCAGAGCAGAAGAUGGUGAGGCAAGAAUCUCUAGCUCGCGAACACAGUGAAGAGUAUCGUGCAGCUCUUCGGAGGGCAGUUGCUUUGGAUAUUCCUCAAGCAUACUCACCUUCCCCAUACGGAACAUUUCAUGAAAUUGAUGUUGAGGAAGAUUCUGGAAGAUCUAGUGACAACGGCUCCUCCUUGUCUCAUAACAAACGAUCAGAGAGUUGGAAUGAAUUUGUCGGGCGCAUGUUUGACGUGGACGACACAGGUCAUAUGGUAUUCAAGAAAACAACCCCUUAAAUUAUUUAUUAUUUCUAUUAUGCUUAAUAGAGCAUUAGUUUCUAUUAUUUUGGGGUAAAGAGUGAAAAUUCAUUGAUUUAGAAUACAUUAAGCACUCAUUUUAGUUUAGUAUGAUGCUUGGUUGUGACUUGUGAUGCUCAUUUUAGCUUGGUCAAUCAAUGUGAAUAUUGUAAUUUAGAGCCUAUUUGGAUUAAACUUCCAAGGAAGUAUCUAUAGAAAGAGAAAUAUGAUACUGAUUUUUUUUAAAUUUAUGUAACA